GUUUCUAAAUGUUAACAUUAUAAAUAGCUUAUGAUUUAAUAAUUCACAAAAGUUUAGGAAAAUACGGUUUGUCUUCGCCCCCUCGUGCAGAGGUGUCAGCGCCAAGAGGUCUCAAAUGAGAAGUCACAACAACCACGGAGGAAUGAGUGAUGACUUAUCGCAAGAGAGACAUCCACUCGAAGCAGAUUUUGGAGAAUUGUCUCCAAUUGAGUCCCAAAGACUUACUAAACGUUUCACAGAUUUACUCAAAACUAGUUUAUUGAGAAGAAGCCGAUCUAAAGAU